AUGAAAAGUGAUCACAGUGAAGACAAUUAUUUACAAAAUAAUGAAAUGGAUGACAUCAUAAUGCAGGAUUCAGAUGAAGAACAAGCAGAAAUUAGUUCAAUUACAUUCGAUUAUUCUGCUGACGACAGACCUGAUGCUAAUUCAUAUUCAAGAAAUGAUGAUAAUGAGAAUGAAAUCUCACCCCAAACAGUACAUGAUGUUGCUAGUAAUAAUCCUCAAUUUUCUCCACCUAAUACGAAGCAAAUAUCAAUUGCUCUUGCUCUAUUUCGACAUCGACACAACUUAUCAAAGUCUUGUAUGAAUGAUCUAUGUGAUUUAUUACGUUCACUUGGUGUACAGGAUGUGCCAGCUGAUUUUCGUUCUAUUGAACGAAAUAUUUUAGAAAACCAAGAGACCGUUUUACAAGGUAAAAAGUAUACUAUUUGUCCAAAAUGUGGUAAUAAAGGAAUUGUCUCAUCAAAAUGUGAGAACGUCAAAUGUAGUUCAAGUGCUGGUUUUAAAUCAACUCCGACAACAUUAUGUAUAUUUAAACUUCUUCCUCAAAUAAUAUCGAUUUUAGAGAGACAUUGUAUUAUGCCUGAAACAGAUUAUAAUGAUUCAAGAAUAACUGAUGUUCAGGAAGGUCAAAUACGACGUAAUCUUAUUCAUCAAGAACGAAUGCAUAAUCCAGACAAGCAAAUUAUAACUUUCCUGUUAAAUAGUGAUGGCAUAGUUUUGAAGAAAAUCAGCCGGUCAAUAUGGGUUACGUGUAUGAUUAUUAAUGAGCUACCACGUAGUAUUAGAUAUAAUAUUAAUAAUGUUAUAAUUUGUUCCGUCUCCAUCGGCUGUAAUAAACCAAAAAAGGAUCUAUUUCAAAAUUUCAUUGAUGAUUGGGUACAUGAGUUACACCAGUUAGAACUUGGCUUUUACAUAUCAUUUCCAAAUUCAAAUGGCACUUUUGUGAAAGUAAAUGCUUAUUUAAUUGCAGCAGCACUUGAUAAACCUGCUCAAGCACUUCUAAUGAAUAUCAAUGAUCCGACUGGUUUUUACAGCUGUAUUCGUUGCACAAUUCGAGGUAAGAUGGUACAUCGCUGA